AUGGUCAAUCCCGUGACCAGCCACCAACUUUCUCGAAGCGACGCGGCUGCCCUUCACAGCACGUUAACCAGCGCGUCUAACCAUCAUUCACCACUCACCACCAACACUACCACCAACUUCAUCGUCACCUGCACCACUACCUACGAUACAUACAAUACACAACGAGCACACCAUGGAUAUUCCCGAUGAUCCUCUCCUCGACUUCCGCAAUGUCUUCCCCGCCGACCUCAAGAACCCCUACCCAAAAGCCCGGGUCGACGAGAUCCUGCGCAACCGCCAGCUUCUAGACGAAGAGCUAUUCUUCGACAGCCUACUGAAAUCCUUUGCCAGAAUCAAAGACGUGCCAACAAACUACCCUCCAAAAUCCGUUACCUCGCUCAAAUCCCUCCACACGUUGAUCACAACCUCGGACCACCUCGACACGCUGAAGAAGCACACGCUCCUGUACUACCUGCUGCUGGACCUACCCACUUCCACCGCCGCAAGCACCUUCGCCGCGCGCAUCCUUCUCCCGCAGAAUUUCAUCGACCUGAUCACGGCGGUGCACGAUCUCGACAACCUCUCGCUGCAGUCGGCGCUGGCGCACCUCACCGCGCCCGCCGUAACCCCUCCCGUUCCGGAGAAGAUCCUCAAAACCCUCUACACCCACGGCUCCGCGCGGAUGGCAGUCACCUUCGUCACCUGCGUGCAGCCAGUACUCGAAUCGCCAGAGGCGGUCGAAAUCUUCUUCACCGCGCAGAUGCAGCUGAGUCCCGAGGCCGCUUUCUUGUAUGCGCGGACGGCGCCGGGGUUCCUGCGUACCCAGUUUUUGAGGAAACUGGUGAACUACUGCAUCACGACCAAUCCCGCAGUCAAUGCGCUCAAGCUCUUGAAUCUGCCGUUUAGUGAGGAAGAGAAGACGGUGUUUGUGGAUGCAUUGAAGGGGAGUGGACAUGAGGUCGCGAAGGAUACGUUGGUGGUGUGGCAGGUGCAUCAGGGUCGAGUGGAGGAUGCGUUGAAGAGUGCGCAGCAGGCGGCGUUGAAAGGGGACGUUGGGGGGUUGGAUUGGGCGGUGCUUGGGGAAGGGCUAAAGAAGGGAUUGGGAGCUAGGAAUGUUGCUGCUUAAUUUGAUUAUCACCAUCAUCGCCAUCACCAGCAUGGAUAAUCACUAGCUGGAAUCACAAAAAGGUUGUUCGUAUAAUGAUGCUUUUUGUUUGUAAUAUCAUACACCUAGCCGUCCCCAACAUUUACCGCAUCAAAGGAUCUUCUGCCCGGA